AUGUCUGGAGUGGAACCGAGUGAGAGGAGUUUUAAGAGACUCAAUCAGAAUUUCUCGAAUAUUUUGUACGAUGGAGACAUUAUAAUUAGCGAAAAGCGUUUACGCGAACUUGUUGACGAUAUUGGUAGCCAACAAUCAGGACGGAAGGCGAGGCCAAGGCGUUGGGCAUAUCGCGACAAUCUCUACCCUGAAACAAUCUGGAGAAACGGCAUACCGUAUGCUUUCGAUGUGGAUUUGCCUGCCGUAGCAGUUGCUAGUAUAAGAAAAGCUAUGGAAUUUUGGCAAAGCAAUACAUGCGUCACUUUUCGCCCGCGUAAAAAUGAGAGGCAGUACGCCCUUUUCACAGGCAGGGACACCACAGAACCAGAACAACUUGUCUUCAUUGGAGAUGGUUGUGAAAUUUUUGGUGUGACUUCUCACGAAGUCGGACAUUUGAUUGGACUCUUUCAUCAUCAGCAGCGUUAUGACAGAGACGAAUAUGUGACAUACCAUCAAGAAAAUGUGGACAGAGGGGAAACUGUAAAUUUUGCAAAGGUUUCUCCAAACUUACUGAACAACUACGGUUUACCUUAUGAUGUUGGCAGUGUUAUGCAUUAUGCACCUACAGAAUUUGCCAGGCACAUCUUCUUCCCAGCACUAAUGGCUGUCAAUGAAAAUUUGCAAGGAGCUAUGGGUCAACUGGAAGGACCAUCGUUUCUAGACGUUCAAAUUGUCAAUAGACACUACAAUUGCCAUGAUCUCUGUAAAGGUAGAAGAACACUACCAAAAUGUCUGAAUGGUGGUUACGUCAAUCCACUGAACUGCAGGGUGUGCAAGUGUCCUACAGGGUUUGGUGGUGAUUUCUGUCAACAAAUUGCGUCGUCCUACCCAUCAAAAUGUGGAGGACUCCUGCCCACCGCGUCUACAUUUACGCGCUUCAAAAUAACUAUCAUUGCCGAAAGUACAAGGAGGCAAUGCAUUUAUCAUAUAAGGUCCCCACCUAACCGUCGCGUGAUGAUAGGUUUGGAAACUGUCAAAGGCAAGUGUCAGGAGGGUUGCUUUACCACUGCUAUGGAAGUUAAGAUGAAUGGCGACUUUCGACCGGUGGGAUAUAGAUAUUGUUGCCAGUCUCAGUCCUUUCGCCGACUUCUUUCCCGAGGACGAAACGUUCCCGUGAUCUUUUUUGCACAAAAUGGAACUCUCGAAGUGACAAUGCUUUUCAGAUGGGUCGUUCUCACUCCUGAUGCUGAAGACAAUACCUCAUUAACGCCGUCUGAAUUGAUGGAGGUCUACGUACAGAGAGACAACGAUAGCGGAGUGGACAUGGAGAUGUUGCAAAUACCAGAAGGAUUUGGCACUCCAGGAGGAGGCGUGAUGAACAGAAAACGAACUCUAAAUGAUAUGGGCGUGAAGGAAUCCGUAAAGCCUCUGCAUGAAGCCUAUGGAAGCGAUGGGGAAAUCUAUGAAGACUUCUCCAUCUAUUCGUAG